UUUUGUUAAUUUUUCUCUAGUUUUGAAUGACACCAAACCAGUGACGUCACAGUGAUGUGAAGGUUAGAGCAUUAGGUACAGAUGAAAAUGUGUGACCUUGUUAAAGGAGGGUGAAGAAAUGGUAAAAGGUUACAGCCCUUGAAAUGAAGUUAUCUCUCUUGAACAGAUUACACAUGCAAGAAUUAUUAUUCCUUUCUAUCGGGAGAACCUAAGGAAUUGUUGUUAGAGCCUGAAACUAAGGAGCUUGACCCGAGUUGUCUCCCUUUAUUGAAAUACAAACCAUUUCAGUAAGGGAUGUGCAUCAAUUAGUUUAUCAAACACUUGACCUUAAAAAAUGUGUAGAAAGUUACCUGUUAAACAAUGUGUCAUAAUGCUUAAAGGAGACAAACAAAAAUGAAAAUGCUUUUAAAAAAUUCCAAGACGACAGAAAAGUAGUACAAAGAUAGGCACUCAUACAGAAUUGAACCUUGCAGCCUCGUCGUAAGAAAUCUAAAAAGAAAUCAUGUCAAACUGAUAAAUCUGUUGAUGUAAUGUUAGACUUAUAAAUCUGGUGAAUUCAUGUAGGAGAAAUGGAUCUGGCAAAAUUAUGAAAGACUAAUAGAUCUGGUAAAAUUAUGAAAUACAAAUAGAUCUGACAAAAUUAUGAAAGACUAAUAGAUCUGGAAAAUUAUGAAAAACUAAUAGAUGAUAAGAUCUGGCAAAAUUAUGAUGAUUAGAUCUGGCAAAAUUAUGAAAGACUAAUAGAUCUGGCUUUACUAACAAAUGAAUCUCAGUUGUCCUUUACUGAAUACACAAGUUUUAUGGUGAUCUGGAGUGAAAAAGUUCUGAAGAUCUAACUCUACACUGUUCUAAUUAUGUGAUCUGAAAAACAGUGUUGUAUAUUUGAACUAAAUUAUUGACGGACGAUACUUAUUAUGGAUUGUGAUAUGAAAAUAAUUGCAGGCACUUUGAAUUAUCUCUGAUUAAUUGAAUGCAACACAAGACAUUUUGAUAUAUGGAUAUCAAAAUUGAAACUGAUAUAAUGAGUAAAAUUAUGAACAGACAUGUUGGCAACAGAUCGAAGAGUUGUGAAACUUCGCCUAUGAAACAGCAGGCAAUAUUUUCACCCAUGGUAACUUUAUCAACAGCUUCUGUUGAUCAGGUAAAUGUAAACGAAUCUGUCGAAGGCGAUGAGGUGGAUGGAUUUGUUGAAGACAAAGUUGAAGAUGAUGAAGACAAUUGGAAAAAAAAAUACCAGCAAAAAGCUGACAACAGAAAUAGCAAAGGUAUAAAUUUUGGAAAUGGUUAUGAAACGGACAUGGUUGAUCUUAAUGUUGAAAUUAAUGGUGGUAAAGAAGACGUGGACAAUGAUUUUGAUGAAAAUGAAGUGGUUAAAAGAGAACAUAAUGAUACUAAAGAGCCUCGAGUUGAAAUGUUUGAUGAGUAUGACUCUAACAGUUGUAGUAAUCCAUUUGUAAUAUCAUCUUUUCAAAGCUUAAAUGCAUCUGAAGCUAGGAUUUUGGGUUUUGAUAUCGGCACAGCUGAGAAUGACAGAGGGGUUAUGGAUGUGAAAUAUGGGGACAAAAUUGUGUAUGAAGAACAGGGUUUAGCUGAUAUAAGGAUUGAAUCUGAAGACCAUGUCGAUAUUUUUAGGGGGCAUUUAAACAUGGGAGAAUCUGAACAUGGACCUGAAUUUGAUAAUGAUGAUUCUUGUAGAGACGGAGAUGAAAACUCAGUACAAAGUUUUGAUAGCAAAAGAUCUGACACUGAGGAAUACUUUAAUAAGAUAGGUGAAACUUUAUGUAAACACACAAUAGAAAAAACAGUACCACAAAGUUGUGAUUAUAAAACAAAUUGCAAUUUAAAGGAUAAUAGAAAGGAGAAGUCAUCUUUGGUGAAAAAGUCAAGGAAACAGAAUGUACCAAAAAGAGUAAAGAAAGCGGAAAGUUUUAUGGAAACUGUAGUUGUUGAUGGUGAAGAAAAUGUGGAAAUUAGAAAUAACGAUGAUGAUUUUGAUGCCAAGAUGUUUAAACAGAAUGGAAUCGGAGAUUGUUUUUCAACAGACAUUGAUGACAUAAAUGUGAAUGAAAAUCAUGAAGAGUCAAAGAGUUACAAAGAAACAGGAAUACUAAAAUCUGAAAAAUCAAGGAAACAGUGUAAACCAAAAAGAAUUGAUCAGUUGCAGAACUUAAUAACUGUUGAUAGUGGCACUCAAAAUCAAAACCUUGACAUUGAAAAUGAUGAAACAGAAACUUUUGAAAUUAAUUUUGACACCGGUCAAAAUCCUGAAAAGGAAGAGGGUCAGAGUAUUGAGUUUCAAAAUGAUGACAAUUAUUCAGUUACUAUUGUAAAAGAAAAUGACAGUACUGACAAUUUCAGUUCAGAUGAAAAGCAUGACGUACCUCCUGCUGGACUUGUCAAAGGUUCUGAAGACCUUGAUCCUGAUAAAAAUGAAAGUGAAAUUACAGAAGAACUGAAAUAUUUACAAGACACCGCUAUCAAUGUGGGAAAAACUGAUCAUCUUUAUUCUGAUAAAGAUGAAAGUAAAGUUACAGGAGAACUGAAAUAUAUACAAGACACUGCUAUCAAAGUGGGAAAAACUGAUCAUUUUGCAUCCAUGAGUUCAAAUCCUUUCUAUUAUGGCUUCUCUCCAAAUUUGAAUGUAAUAUCAACACUCAGUCCAGGUAUGCUUCAAGGAGGCUGUCCUUCUUCCCAGACUGGUUUCGCUCUUGAUGAAAACGGACCUGAAAAUUUAGAGGUAAUCCGUCAACUACGUGAAAUAAGGUGCAAUCGUUAUCGUAAGAUAAGUAUUGCAGAAAAACGCGAAAUUUCAGCUUAUGCCAGUAGCCAUGGCGUUAGUCAAGCUGCCGCAUUUUACAAUGUUUCUAAAUCCGCUGUUUCCAUGUGGACUAAAUUAGACUUCAGUAAUGCAGACGAAGAGUGUUCUGUGAAGAGGAAGAACUGCAUGUCUGGAAAUGAGAAAUUUGAAGCACUCUGUCGGAAAGUGAAGAGUGAAAGGGAGAAUAAAUUCAAAGGCAUGAGUAAAGACGAUAAGUUUGAAGUGUCGAGAUACGCUAAAUUGGUAGGAGUGCGAGAAAUGUCGAGAUGUUUGGGAGUUGCACUCGGGACUGUAUCUGGCUGGAUGCGACAGUUUCCUUACAAAGUGGAGUCUGACUCUCCUGAUGAAACUGUGCAAAAGAAAAAAAUCUCAGUAAAAGACAUUGAAAUUACAAAAGAAAGUGAGCAGAAUGAACAAUUAGAAAAGAAGAGGAAAAAGUCUGAGCCGAACAGAAAAAGGAACAAGAAGCUAAAACUUUUAGUAGAGAUGGAUACAGACUCGGGACCAUGUGAUAUAAAUCAAGAAACUGAAAUGAGGAAUAAACAUCCAGUCGAAAAGGCAAACAAUGUUGAUAAAAAUGAAAAUAAAGAAGAUGAUGAGAUGAAUCAGUGUGAUGAUGAAGAGGUAACUGAGGAAGUUGUGUCAGAGCACACAGAUGAUGUUGAUAAGAUGAUAGCCGAGACCUGGCAGAAACCGGAUAUUGAUAAAUGUUUUGAAGAGGUAAGAGAAUUGAUAAAGGAUUCUCCACUAGAGGACGAUGAUUUCUUUCGUUCUUUAUUUGGCCGUGUACUUGCCUGUCGAGCGGAAAAAUACAAGACGUUAAAACCGAGUGAGAAGCUAGAAGUUGUGAGGUACGCUAAGCGUAUUGGAGUGAGGCGUGUAGCUAAGAUAAUGGGUUUAGCAACAGGUACUUUAUCAGGAUGGAAUACAAAAUACCAGUCUAGUCUCAGCAUCACUGAUCCCAGUCUAGAAAUGUCAAACAAAACAGAAUUGCUUGUUUCUUAUUUAUCUCCUGACAAGAAUACGGAAAGUGAAAGUGCACCGGUAACACCCGUAUCUCUAAUGGACAAUAUGGGUGAAAAAUCUGAGGUCACCGCUGUGAAAUUACUUUUUAAAGACAGGUUCCAAACUCUGUUGCAGAAAAUCAAAGUUGCCAAGCAAGUAAAAUUUAGGAACAUUUCAACAGAAGAGAAAAUAGAGUUUGUAAAGUGCUCGAAACUUGUAGGAAUUCGGCCGACAGCAAGAGUUUUUGGAAUACCUAUUGGGACAUUGUCCGGUUGGAUUUCCAAGUAUAGCAAGUUAUUACACCCGCCCUUACCCAAUUUGAUUGUUCUGGUGCGUGGAACCCCAAGAACACGGUAA